UGCACUUCUCCAAGUCCUCCCUCAGUUUGCAGCUUUGUUCUAAGGCACUUCUCCGAAAGUUUCUGACCAUUAAACUGGUUAAGGUAAAAGCUUCAUAGUUCAUACUUUCCAAAUGGUUUGGAUUAUUGAAUUUCUGAUUAUGGGUUUGUUCAGUUGACUUUUUAAUUCUUGCUCUGAAUCUGUUUUUCCUCAGGCUAUGCUUGCUUUGCUGUCUGUUUGCUGGCAUAUUCUUCUUUUCUGGAUUUUUUUUUGCCUUAUCUUUCUGAAAUAUGAGCUGUCAACCAGUCAUUUCUGAGGAUUACCAGACAUUUCUUCUUCAAUCAGGCUUCAACCUUAGAGGAUUGUAUCUUCAGUAAAUUGAAGAUGUAUCUAGUGGAGAGCAAAGGAGGUGCAAUAGCUUGUAUGCUGCUUGCUCUUUUCUUCUUGGGCACAUGGCCUGCUAUUAUCACUCUGCUAGAAAGACGAGGACGCCUUCCUCAACACACUUACCUUGAUUAUACAAUGACAAAUCUCUUGGCUGCUGUCAUUAUAGCUUUAACAUUUGGUCAGAUAGGGGACAGCACGGUCGAAAGACCCAAUUUUUUUGCUCAACUUUCUCAGGAUAAUUGGCCCUCUAUUUUGUUUGCAAUGGCUGGUGGGGUGGUUCUCAGCCUGGGAAACCUUUCCACACAAUAUGCAUGGGCUUUUGUUGGUUUAUCAGUUGUACAAGUGAUUUCAUCAAGCAUGACUGUUGUAAUAGGUACAACCUUGAAUUACUUCUUAGAUGACAGAAUCAACAGAGCUGAGAUCCUUUUCCCAGGUGUUGGUUGCUUCCUUCUAGCAGUUUGUCUUGCAUCAGCUGUUCACUCAUCCAAUUCAGCUGAUAACAAAGCAAAACUUAGCAGUUGGUCAAAUGAUAACGAAACAGGGAGAGAGGCUGCGCUUUCAGCUGUUUCCGAAGAAGCAAUUCCAAGCAAGGUGACAAAGGAUCUAGAAAAUGGGAAUGUUCCUGUACGCAAGGCAAAAGCAGGAACAGCGACCUUCCUGAUAGAGCUUGAGGAAAGAAGGUCAAUCAAGGUGUUUGGAAAGAGCACUUUCAUUGGACUGUCCUUAACUUUCUUCGCUGGCGUUUGCUUCUCCCUCUUCUCACCAGCAAUCAACCUGGCAACAAAUGAUCAAUGGCACACUUUGAAGGAAGGGGUUCCUAAGUUGGUUGUCUACACAGCAUUUUUCUACUUCUCACUCUCCUGUUUUGUGAUUGCUCUCAUCCUAAAUAUCAGCUUCCUUUACCAUCCAGCUCUGGGAGUACCCAAAUCAUCCUUUAAGGCCUAUCUAAAAGACUGGAAUGGCCGAGGCUGGGCCUUCUUGGCCGGUCUUCUAUGUGGUUUUGGGAAUGGUCUCCAGUUCAUGGGUGGCCAAGCUGCAGGCUAUGCUGCAGCGGACGCUGUUCAGGCACUUCCACUGGUGAGCACAUUUUGGGGAGUAAUUCUGUUCGGAGAGUAUCGCAGAUCAUCACGAAGAACAUAUAUAUUGCUAUUCAGCAUGUUGUUCAUGUUCAUUGCUGCUGUUGGAGUACUUAUGGCAUCAGCUGGACAUAGGAAAUGAAAAUGCAGCUUUAAAACCACAACUUAGAUUAGAGUCAAAUAUACUUCAUGACUACAGCCUGUUUGCUGGUUCAUAUCCAAGACCUUACAUCAUGAAAAAUAUAUGAUUUGGUUAGGUGCUUUUUGCGCCAAAGGAUUUGCUUGUGCUUAACAAAGCCAAUAAUUGUAUUGUUUAGACAUUGGAUAACAAACUUUUAUUUUUCAUGAUGUUGUUUUGAAUGUUAUGUUUAUAAAUUAUUAGAGAAAUGAAAUUUGGAGAAUAUAGA